UACCGGCUGCAUCGACCGGCUGGCUGGCGGUCUUGGUCCCGGUCCUGGUCCCGGUGUGGGUCGUGGACUAUCAUUUCAGACGGGUUUAAAGCAGCUGCAGGCGGCUCUAAAGGGUCUGGAGCGCCCCUGGUUCAGGUCCACCACGUCUCUGGAGUCUGGAGAACCAGAUCUGGUCCCGGAUGUUUGACCCCAGAGACACACGCGUGUCCAGGUGGAGCGGAGGCUGCGGGAUGCUGUGGCUGCUGCUCUGGCUGCUUCCUGCGGGGGACGGCAGCAGGAUGGUGGUCCAGGACGGCACUUAUAAAGACCGACGCGGCCCCGAAGAGGGUGCCGUGACGACGAGGCCUCACAUCCACUACUGCCGCUCGCCCAACAUGGAGGACUUCAGCUGCUGGUGGCUUCCGCUGGACAACCUGACAGACGGCGAGCAGGUCACGUACGCCCUCAGCUACUCCAAAGACAAAGGGCCCCGGCACGAGUGCCCCGACUACGGCACCGCCGGCCCCUUCAGCUGCCACUUCGACAGCAGCCACACGUCCAUCUGGAAGAUCUACUGCCUGAACGUGACCGCCGUCACCGCCUCCGGGAACUACACCUCCCAGGAGCACUGCCUGGACGUGGCCGAGAUAGUUCAGACAGAAGCUCCGGUGAAUCUGACCUACGAGCUGACGGACGCCGGCGGGGACGAGAUGGGCCACAGCGCCCUGCUGAGCUGGACCUACCCGGUGCCCUCCGACCUGCAGUACGGAUGGAUCACCCUGGUGUACGAGCUGCAGUACCGGAGGGCCACCGAGGCCGAUGAAUGGAAGGUGAAGCAUCCUCUGCGGGAGUCUCGCGUGGAGCUGCUGGGCCUCCCCGUCGGGGACUACGUGGUCCGGGUCCGCUGCCGGUCCCACAACUACGGCCUGUGGAGCAACUGGAGCGCCGCGCUGCUGAUGAGCCUCCCCACCGGGCCGCCGAAAGGUAAAGUCCUGGUCCCCAUCGUGGUGACGGGCGUGGCCGUCGUGGCUCUGCUGGUCAUCCUGUUCGGCGUCAUGCCGCAGGGAAGGAGAAUAAAAGACUACUUCCUGCCGCCUAUUCCAAACCCACGGAUCAUCGGCAUCGACCCGCUGCUCCUGAAGAAGGGGAACCUGGCCGAGAUCAACCACCACUUCAGUAACUUCCACAGCUUCAGCCCCCCGAGCUACUCGGAGGAGGUCUGGGACCAGGUCAGCGCCGGCGACGCCUUCCUCGCCGUGCCGAAGGCCUUCUGCGUGGCGUCCGACCCGACGGGCCGAGAGAAGGAUGCCCUGAUGUUCCCGUGCGACCUGCCGCCCGCCUCUGCCGCCGCCGCCGCCGCCGCCGCCGCCGCCGCCCCUCACGGGGUCGCGGGCAACCCCCCGGCGUCGUACGUGCAGAGCGUGUCGCCCUACUGCUCCUUGCCUCCCCAGGCCUUCGCCCCGCCACCGGACCGGUCCUCGUGGUCGAGGCCGGAGAUCGUGUCUCUGCCGUGUACCGAGUACAGCGUGAUGGGACACCCGGGUCUCCCCGACGCCAGCGCCGCGAGCCGCGGGCCUCAGGACUUCUACACCUGCGUCCAGCUCAUGAAAGAGGGCGGCGAGGUGCACCUGGUGCCCUGCCUGCCGCCGGCAUACUGCCGCGAGUUCCCGCCUCCCCCGAGGGUCGAGAAGAAGGAGGAGAAGAAGAAGAAGAAGAAGAUGGCCGACGGCCAAGCCAGGACAAACGAGAGGAACGACGGCGGCGAGGAGGAGAGGAGCGAGGCGGCGGUCCCUCUGCUGCCCCUCGCCGUCAAGGGCUGAACACAGAGAGGGAAACAGGAAGUGGGCCGUUCUUUAUCUGUGCAGUGAAAACAAACGGGAAAACGCAAAGGACGGCGCUGCGUUCAGGGGCCGUUUGGGAAAUCGAACCACAUCACGUCCAAAAGAAGACGAGUGGAACUCGGAGAGAGAGAGCAAAGUUGCCACGUGCACCGCUUAAUUAAAUGACUGGAGUACGACCACAUCCUGCUUCGCACACAUCCAAUAAUGACUUCAGUGUUUCAGAUAUCAGCCUCUUCACAGUCCUGACUUCCUCUCAGAUACCUGCUUCCUGCUUCCUGCUUCCUCAUUCCAUUCACGGUGCUUUCAAUGUGCAACAUUGAACACAAAAAGGAAAAUCCAACAUGGCCGCCCCCAGGGAAGGCGUGAGCUGAGGGCUUAAACUGGAAUGUUUUAAUAGAAGUCACUCUCUGUUGUUUUCUGUGUGCAAAGAAGCGUCUUUUCUUUUUUUACAACGUAUUUAACAAUAUUACAACAAGUAUUUUGUGUAUUACAGCGAUGCCGAGUGAGCGACCUCAGGUGGAGUUUUAUAUACACAAAACUUUGUGGACCACUGUGGACCUCUGGGGACCACUGUGGACCACUGGGGACCAUUAUGGACCACUGUGGACCACUAUGGACCUCUGUGGACCAUUAUGGACCACUGUGGACCAUUAUGGACCACUAUGGACCACUGUGGACCACUGGGGACCAUUAUGGACUACUGUGGACCACUAUGGACCUCUGUGGACCAUUAUGGACCACUGUGGACCACUGGGGACCGAUGUGGACCUCUGUCGACCAUUAUGGACCACUAUGGACCACUGUGGACCAUUAUGGACCACUAUGGACCACUAUGGACCACUGUUGACCAUUAUGGACCACUGUGGACCAUUAUGGACUAAUAUUAACUAUUAUAGACUAAUAUGAACUAUUAUGGACCAUUAUUAACUAUUAUGGACUAAUAUUAACUAUUAUGGACCAUUAUUAACUAUUAUAAAUCAAGAAUCACAUUUAAAAUUCUUCUCCUCACCUACAAAGCCUUGAUUGGUGAUGCACCAUCAUAUCUUAAGGAGCUUGUAGUACCAUAUUGCCCCACU